AUGGGGAAAGCAGAAAAAGGAACACCAAAAUACAUAGCAAACAAAAUAAAGGCGAAAGGAUUACAAAAACUUCGUUGGUACUGCCAAAUGUGUCAAAAGCAGUGUCGUGAUGAAAAUGGGUUUAAAUGCCAUACAAUGUCAGAAUCUCAUCAAAGGCAGCUGUUAUUGUUUGCUGAUAACGCUUCUAAGUACAUAGAUGAGUUUUCUAAAGAAUUUGCUGAUGGAUACCUUGAAUUAUUGAAGAGACAGUUUGGUACAAAAAGGGUGAACGCUAAUAAAGUAUACCAGGAUUAUAUAUCUAAUCGUGAUCAUCUCCACAUGAAUGCCACUCAAUGGGAAACACUCACAGAUUUUGUAAAAUGGCUUGGAAGAGAAGGAAAAUGUGUAGUUGAUGAAACUGAGAAAGGCUGGUUUGUAGCAUAUAUUGACAGGGAUCCUGCAACUAUUGCUGCACUAGAGGCGAAGGCUAAAAAAGAAAAAUUAGAUAAAGAUGAUCAGGAAAGAAUGUUAGAAUUUAUACAAAAACAAGUAGAAAAAGGUAAAAAAGAGUCAAGUCAAAAUGAACCUCAAUACACCGAGUUCAAACGAGAGAGCAGUCAAGAGAGACUCACAUUAAAUCUUAAUUUGAAAAGAAAAAACGAUGAAAAGAAAACAGAUUCAAUAAAAACAGCCUUCAAAAUCAAAUCUAAAGAUUCAAAAGAAGAAUCGUCUAGUAAAAAGCAGAAACCCGAAGAAAAGUCCAAACAGUCGGCUUUAGAUGAAAUAAUGGCUAUGCAGGAGAGGGAGAAAGAGAAGGCUAACAGAAAGGACUAUUGGCUAACGGAAGGCAUUAUAGUGAAGAUUGUGACGAAAUCGUUGGGCGAUAAGUACUUCAAACGCAAAGCGGUGGUGGAGCGAGUGCUGGACAAGUACGCGGCGCGCGUCCGCCUGCUGGACGACGGCGCGCUGCUCAAACUGGACCAGAACCACGUCGAGACUGUGAUACCGUCCCCGGGCCGGCACGUGCGCGUCCUCAACGGCGCCUACCGCGGGGAGCUCGCGCUGCUGCGGGGCGUGGACACGGAGCGCUUCUGCUGCGAUAUUGAGAUUUCAGGAGGACUACUCAAAGGCAGACUCGUCAAGGGUGUUCAGUAUGAAGAUAUAAGUAAAUUGGCAACA